UCAAUAAUUGUAAGAGGACUGAAGCGGAAGUCGGGGAGUGGGCGAGGAGCAGGAGAUGCGUCGCCGCGCCUGUCACCUGCCACCUGUUGGGCCGCGCCGUCUCCACCUCACUACCACACCCCUGCCAACCAUACCGUUGUUGGCCCUUCCGAGCCGCCGACCCAUCAGUACCUCCUCAGCCAGCAAGCACGAUGGACACGCAGACAAACGCAGAGACCAAGGGCGAGGCCCCAGCUGAAGCCAAGCCGGCCCAAGAAGCUGAGCAACAGGACACUAAAACUGGAGAAGCAGAGGCACCUAAGGAGAUGAGAGCAGUGGUUCUAAAUGGCUUCGGUGGAUUGAAAUCGGUUAAAAUUGUGCGGCGUCCUGAACCCGCCCUGGCUGAUGGGGAGGUGCUGAUACGCGUCCAGCUGUGUGGUGUGAGCUUCCAGGAUGUGAUGGUGCGUCAGGGAGUGACGGAAGCACCUCCUAAAACCCCAUUCAUCCUGGGCUUUGAGUGUGCUGGUGUGGUGGCCGCUGUGGCAGAUGAUGUGGAGAGUGUAAAGGUUGGAGAUAGAGUGGUGGCUUUACCUGAUCAUCGUGCCUGGGCUGAGCUGGUGCCAGUGCCUGCUAAGUAUGUUUAUUCAGUGCCUGAGGCAAUGCCCCUACAGGAGGCAGCUGCUGUGACCCUGAGUUACACCGUUGCCUACUUGCUGGUCCAUGACCUGGCCAACAUCACCUCAAACCAUACAGUCUUGCUGCACUCGGCUGGAGGUGCUGUGGGCCAGGCAAUAUGUGCAUUGCUUCAGGAUAUAGGAGGAGUCACUGUGGUGGGCAUUGCUUCAAAGAACAAGCAUGAGGACCUUAAGUCAUCUGUCACCCAUCUAAUUGAUCGCUCCAGUGAUGUCCAUGCUGAAGUCCGAAAGGUGUGCCCAGACGGAGUGGAUGUGGUGCUGGACUCGCAGGGUGGAGAGGAAUGCAACCGAGGCUACACAUUACUCAAGCCUCUUGGCCGCUAUAUCCUCUUUGGUUCAUCAAGCAUUGUGACAGGAGAAACGAAGAGCAUCUUAAGUGUUGUGAAAUCGUGGUGGCAGGUGGACAAAGUGUCUCCCUUGCGACUCUAUGAAGACAAUAGAGGCAUUAUUGGCUUUAACCUGCGCCGUCUCCUUCACCAUCAGAAUGGUGGUCAUGAGAAGGUGAGGAGUGUGGUGGAGACAGUGUACAAGUUAUGGCAGAGUGGAGUAGUGAAGGCCCAUAUUGACUCCACCUAUGCCCUUGAAGAUGUGACUGAUGCCAUGACAAAGAUGCAUGAUAGGAAGAAUGUUGGCAAGCUUCUGCUGGAUCUCUCAAUGGAGCCCAGACCCCGCCCCACUACCCCUGCCAAAACAAAAAAAGAAGAAAAGAAGGAUGACAAGGAAAAUGAAAAAGAGAAAGAGAAAGACAAAGACUCCAAAGAUUCAAAGGAAGAUGCAAAAACUGAAAAGGAAGAAGAAGUGAAAGAAGCUAAAAAGUAAAUGAUCAUGAAAGUUAAGGCAAGAAGUGAAAGAAGCUAAAAAGUAAAUGAUCAUGAAAGUUAAGACAAGUUGAAAUUCCAUCUUGGAGGCAAUUGGCAUUGACCAUAAAGAUACAAAAACUGAAAAGGAAGAAGAGGUGAAAGAAGCUAAAAAGUAAAUUAUUAUGAAAGUAAAGGUAAGUUGAAUUCGUCUUGGAGGCAAUUGGUAUUGACCAUAAACUAAAAUGAAACUCCAUCAACAACACUACAGAAAUACUGUAACAGUAACACAGAAAAUGGUACUAGGCAAAUUAGCAUUUUUAUGCAGAUGUUAUGCAAAGAAAGAACCUUGGAAAGACUUCAUGGAAAUACAAGUUUGAGGGAAUUAGCUUGACAUUCAUUUAGUUUUUGUUGCAAUGUUUGAGGUUUUUGCUUUGGGUCUAAUGCAGAUUUGGGGAAGCAUGAUGGUAUAUAAUGUUUUUAUUCUAUCACCUACAGGAUACAGUCCAGUGUGGUCUUACAUAACCACACAUUACGCUUAUAGUCUUUACUGAACGUUAUAUACUGCUGACAAAUGAGGGUUGCUUCAAGUCUUUAAGUACUGUAAAAUUAGCAUAUAAGUAAUGUACAGCAAACUCCAGAUUGCUUGCGAUAUAGAGUUUAGGCCUUCCAGUCAUGUAAGGUUGCUAAAUCUCCAGGUAAUGAAUACUUCCAGAUAUCCAUGAUAAGUGCUCCAGUCUAUGAAAGCACAUUGCAUGCUCUUUAGAAGGCUACAGGACCAUACACAUGCAAGUAGUUGUAUAUACUUAAGCCUUUAAACUGAUUCAGUAACAAAGGCCACUCCAUUGCUUAAGUGUUUAGUGCAUAACUUGAACCACAUAGGAUUAGACAGAGGGUUGCCACUAAAUGAUCUCUGCAAUGUUGCUCUUUCUGCAAGUUAGAUUGGUAUGUUUUGCAGCAACGACUACUUAUUGAUGAAAAUGCACUGUGUUCCAAUUGAAUGUAUGGAAUUGCCAUGCAUAUUUGCUAUUGCAAACUCUGUCAUUCAUUAUUUAUUUUGUUAUAUUCUUUGAAUCUGAGAUUAGUUAGUGACUUUAAUUCAGAUACUCCUUGUGGACCACAUUGGACCACAUGAGAGUUCACUCUAUACAAUAUUAUUUCUAGCUGAGUAUUGCAUUAUAAGCUUAAAACCAAAGAAAUCCUGGGUUGUGUCAGGACUGAAAAUUGCAUUGGUCUUGAAUACAUGAUGUUAACCUUGCCACACCAGCAUCUUUCCAUUACGGAAGGCAGGCUUUGCCCCAUUGCCCACCACAAGUUUCACUUUAGUCUUUGGGUUGUUCAUGUGACAAAAUGGUAAUGUACAGCUAUAGGUAUUGUAAUGGGGAAUUCUUUGAUUAACAGGCCCAAUAGAUUUGAACAGAUUUGCCAAGAUCUGCAGGCUACCAAGAAAUACUCCUCCCACUGGCUUUCUCCUGUCUGGCUGUUAAGAAGGAAGCGUUUUCCAUGAUUCAUUCUUUCAAAUAGUCCUUAAUCUAUGAAAUAUCGGUCAGAUUUUAAGUAGAGUAGAAUAUCUGGGGAGAAUUGCAUUCAUAAAGUUGCUCAGGAUAGGAACUAUUGUGAUAUUUCUUGAGAACAUCUCUGAUGGCACAAGAUUCCUGUGCUUUAAGCUGCCAUCUUGGCCUUGGCCUCAGCAAAAGGGAGAUACUUCUGGUUUAGCUAUAGGUAUAUACUGUUUCUCUGAAGGAUUUCUGAUGAUGGCAUAAACAUCUCCAUGUCUGUGUACAGACUGAUUUGCCAAUGGUUUCAGUAAAGCAGCCUAAUACUUGUAUGCUGAGAAAAGAAGACUAGUUUGUGGAUAAAGAUUAAUAAUGUUCAUUUACCUGUUAUAAAGGCUGUACUUCCAUAGUAACAAAUUGACAAAAGGAUGUUAUUGUAUACACUAUGUACUGGUAGUAUUGUCUUUUAAAGCUAUUGAUUUCUGCAAAUGAAAAUGCAUGAGUUUACUGCCAUUAUUACAAUUUUAGAUAAGUAACAGAAGCCGUAUGAUCCAUGGUCUAUACAUAUGGUUGUCAUCAUCUGCAUGUUGUCCAUGGACUAAUAAGGGUAUUUGCCUUGAAUAUACUAUUGUGUGUUUGGUUGCUUGCACACAUGUCUAUGAAAGACUAGAAAAUAUAUUAUGUUGAACAAGGCCUUCUAAAAAAAAAAGAUGUAUGUGACUAUUUAAGUACUGGAGUAGUGUGUAGCAUAAUUGUGUUGUGGUGAAGCAGUCCCAAUGAAUGUGUUUGUAACAAAUGUGUAGAGAUUGUGUGGUUAGACCAAAAAAAAUAGAGUAGGCAGUGGUUGUCUUGUGUGGUGCUGGUGAGCAGGUUUUCUUGACAGUGCAAGAGCUGGUGUUUCCCAGUGAAUGUUUACAGUUGAAAUAUUUGAGUUAGUUGAUUCUCUUUAUUUGCUUUGAGGCAGCCUCAGUGUGCUGAGUCUAGCCAGUGUAGUGGCUCACCUGUGAUAGUUUCAAUUUUAAAGACCUACAUAGCUUUAAAUAGAUUAUAUUCUCUAAAGAUCCUGCAUAUUGAAAGUGAAGAGUAUUUUAUGAUUAUAGUUCUAUUUUCAUAUGAUAAUCCUUUAAGGAGUGUUUACUCUAUAGAGAAUACCAUUUUUCUAUAUAAAUUAAUGAAAUUAACAGGUCGUGUAGCAACACAGUAGCAUUUAUAUAACAGAUCUAAUAUGAAGAGUAUAUGAAAGUUUUUAAUUUUAUAGAACUGUAGCAUACUCCUUCCACACUUCAUAUAUUGAACAACUCGGAAUGUAUAUUUUUGUGGAUGCAGUUUUGACAGGUUUCAGCACAUAGUAAUGUGAGUAGUCACUUUGAUAUAUUGUGAUCACUUGAUUUUGAAAUAAGUUUUAUACAACAAAUUCUUCCAUUGGAGGGCAGUAGUGCUGACUAGUAACCAGUAACCAAAUAUCUCUCACUGCUGUUACUGCUCCACCAUCAAUGACUCAUGGUCUGUGCUUUUCUCUGCACUGUAAAAUGCAAAGCUGGGUCUUCAGUUUAGAGCUUUUUUUUGCAUGUGGUUAGUUACCCAUGACUUGAAGCGAUGGUUUACUGUAUUUAGUUAAAUGAUGUAUGGCUAAAAGUUCUCUUGGACUAGUGCAUGUUCCUUACUCACUGCUGUGCUUGUAUUGAUAAUGUACUGCCAAUAAAUGGUACACCAUAAGUUUGGAAA